AUGGAUAGUGGUAGUGCCAGCAACGAAAAGCAUCAAACCACGUCGGAUGAUGACAAGCCCGUGCCCUCCUAUACUUCGUCUCACGAUGGAGGCUCUGUUGAAGACCAAAAUGGGGGUCAACCACAAAAGCACAAGCUGAAGCGCUCGCUAAAAACUCGCCAUUUGACGAUGAUUGCAUUAGGUGGUGUCAUUGGCCAAGGUCUCUUCUUGUCCGCCGGCGCCAACUUGAAUCACGGAGGUCCUGCUGGUGCGCUGAUUGCCUACGCGAUUGUCGGUUUUAUCGUAUUCUGGGUCGCCUACUCACUGGGUGAAAUGGCCACCUACAUCCCGGUGUCUGGUUCAUUUACUAUCUUCUGCAGACGCUUCGUUGAUGAUUCAUUCGGUUGCAUGGUCGGUUACAACUACUGGGGUUGCUGGGCCAUUAUUGUAGCAGCCGAACUGGUCGCUUUACCGCUUGUUAUGCAGUUCUGGACAAGUGCUGUACCUGAUUGGGCGUGGUCGCUUAUUUUUCUGGUGGUCAUCUUUUUGCUCAACUUGUUUGGCGCACGAAGCUAUGGUGAAACUGAGUAUUGGUUUAGUAUGAUCAAGGUUUUGGCAGUCAUUAUUUUCAUCAUUGUUGGCGCCUGUGUCUCCGGUGGCCUUAUUGGGUAUAUUUCUUUUCCAGUUGCAUACGGCUUCAAGUACUGGGAGAACGGAGGUGCCUUCCCUCACGGUGUUCUCGGUGUCAUUGACUCAUUUGUGCUUGCGUCGUUCAGUAUGCAAGGUACUGAGAUCAUUGGUAUCACCGCUGGUGAAUGUAGUAAUCCACUAAAGCAAGUGCCUCGUGCUAUCAAGACUGUCUUCUGGCGUAUUAUCAUUUUCUACCUUGGCUCAGUUUUCAUAAUGGGCCAAGUUAUUCCAUGGGAUGAUCCUCAUAACCUGAACACGAAGAGUGGUUCCGCGACCGUCUCUCCGUUCACACUUGUGUUCGAAAAGGGCAGUCUAGCGAGUGUCGCACAUAUUAUGAACGUUGUGAUUCUGAUCACGGUCCUUUCUUGUGCUAACAGUGGCCUGUAUGUCUCGAGCCGCACCAUGCUUGCUCUGGCCGAAGAAGGCAUUGCGUGGAAGAAGCUUGCUUAUAUUUCCAAGCGCGGUGUGCCCGUUUAUGCCCUUAUUUGUACUGCACUCGUGAGUCUGGUGACCUUUGUUACGUCGGUGAUUCCAGGAAAGGCUCUGUACCAGGUUCUCGUGAGCUUGUCUGGUAUUGCGGGCUUUGUCACAUGGGGAAGCAUCUGUCUUGCCCAUUUCCGAUUCCGCCAAGCAUUCAAGGCUCAGGGCAGAUCUCUGGACAUUCUACCAUUUAAGGCAAUUUGGCAUCCAUUCGGUGAUAUCUUUGACAUGUUCGCCUGCGUAGUCUGCUCCUUGAUCACUGGCUACUCUUACUUUUAUCCACCAGAUGCCGUUGGUCUUGUUGGUAACUACGCUGGUCUUGUUAUGUGUGCCGUUGGUUUUGGAUUCGCCAAAUGGUGGACUCGUUCCAAGAUGGUUCCAUUGACAGAAAUUGACUUGGAUACCGGUGUUUCUGAACUCGUUACCGAGAAGCACUUGCGGGAUGAAAUGCUUGAAGAGCGUGCCAUCACCGGUACUUGGAGCCAAAGAAUCUGGAAGCGUAUUGUCAUUGUCUUCACUUAA